AAAUUAUUAAGCAACAAUAUGGGCAGACUUGAGGGAAAGAAUAUUCUUAUUACUGGUGCCUCCGCCGGAAUCGGUGAAGCAUGUGCACGCGAAUUCGCAAAAGAGGGAUCAAACUUGAUUCUUGCCGCCAGACGUCUUAGCAAGCUUGAUGAGCUCAAGGCUGACAUCCUCAAGCAGCAUCCCAACAUCACCAUCUAUACAGUUGCUCUUGAUGUGAGCGAUAAGGAAAAUAUCGACAAGGUUGUUCCUGGUUUAUUAGAAAAGGUUAAACAUGUAGAUGUUCUCGUAAACAAUGCUGGUCUGGUUAUUGGCUUGGAUCGUUUAUUGGACACAAGCGCAGAGGCUAUUGAUGCCAUGUUCAACACCAAUGUCAAGGGUCUUGUUUUCUUGACUCAAGCUGUUCUCCCUGGUAUGCUUGCUAGACAGACUGGUCAUAUCAUCAACCUUGGAUCUGUGGCAGGCAAACAGAGCUAUGGUGGUGGAAGUAUCUACUGUGCUACAAAACAUGCUGUUGAUGCAAUUACCAGAGCUCUUUCCAUUGAGCUGGUAGAUACACCUCUUAGAGUCAGUCAGAUCUGUCCUGGUAUGGUCAAGACAGAAUUCUCUACUAUCCGUUUCCGUGGUGACCAGGAGAAGGCAGAUAAUGUGUACAAGGGUCUUCAACCUCUCGUUGGACAGGAUAUCGCUGAACUUAUUGUCUUCACCGCUUCCCGCCCUCCCCACGUCAACAUCAGUGAUAUGCUUGUCUUCCCUACUGCACAAGCCGAUUCCAAGACCAUCAGCCGCUCUACAUAGACAAGUGUCUAGGAAAUGUACCCAUGAUUAAAACGGUGGAUACAGUUUAAUUCUAAUUAAUAAAAUGCAUCAAUUAAGCUUUGAUAUACUUUGUUUCCAAGAAAUAAAGAAUGUAAAUCCUAGUAUU